UUUAGCCAUGAAGGUAACAGCCCUCUUUCUCCUCAGUGCCUUGGCGCUGCUGAGUUUAUCUGGUAACGCUAGGGCUGAAGUUCCAGGAACACAGGCUAAAUGUAACAGUGAAGUGAAUGGGUGUACCAGGAUCUAUAACCCCGUCUGUGGGACUGAUGGAUACACUUACCCCAAUGAAUGCGAGUUAUGUAGGGAAAACAAGAGACGUGAGUUCCCUGUCCUCAUUAAAAAAUAUGGACCUUGCUGAGAAGCAAGGUGGUGAAAUCCUGUAAGGCCACCAAAAUGUCCG